AUGAACAGCCAGGAGCUCGCCACCCCAGAACUAGGUCAGAAACAGACGCUCUAUAAAGACGAGCUCCGGGAGCCCUCUGGGGCUGAAGCGCUGCCCUUCUGCUUCUGCAACAAGGCCCCGACGACCUUCAGCGGGGUGAACGAACGCACCUUCGUGGCCAUCAAACCGGAUGGGGUCCAGCGGCACCUGGUCGGGGAGAUCAUCCGGCGGUUUGAGAGGAAGGGCCUGCAGCUGGUGGGGCUGAAGCUCCUGCAGGCCUCGGAGGAGCUGCUGAAAGAGCACUACAUCGCCCUCCGUGACCGUCCCUUCUACAGCCGGCUGGUGAAGUACAUGAGCUCUGGGCCCGUGGUGGCCAUGGUCUGGCAGGGCCUGGACGUGGUCAAGACAGUUCGCACAAUGAUUGGGGAGACUAACCCGGCCGAAUCCAGGCCUGGCACUAUCCGAGGAGACUUCUGCGUCGAAGUCAGCAAGAAUGUGAUCCACGGCAGCGACUCGGUUGAGAGUGCCCGGCAGGAGAUCUCCCUCUGGUUCCGCCCGGAGGAGCUGACUUGCUGGGAAGACACGGCCGAGCACUGGAUCUACGCGUAA